AUGGCUGCGAAAGGCAAGAGCCAGUCUCUGCUCCAGUCAUGGUCCCAGGCACCUUUUCCACUAUCCUUGCCCCUGUGGCUGCCAGCUCCAAGCCCCCAAGGGAAUAUCACCACCCCACCUAGUGGCUUGGAGCCAGCUUCUCCCCUAAUUCCCCCAGCGCCUGCUCUCCGCAGGACCUCAGCUUACGGAGCCGCAGGGAGCAAAGGCGCCAAGAACCACCCGUGGCGGGAGCAGGGCGUCUUCGUCUCCGCCCUCUUCUCCCUUGGUCGCAGGGAGCCGCUUUACAUCCUAGUGGGGCAGCGGGGAGAGGAUGCCUGUCCCCGAGUAAGCGGGGCCCGUGGGAAAGGGGGGAGCCGGCAGAGCCAGCGCGUCUGUCUCGGAGAGACUCGGACCGCUGAGGAGCACGCGGCGACGGAGGGGGCCGAAGGGGUCCCGGGGUCGCGACGCCGGGCGGGAGGCGGGGGCGCCACCUACAUCUUUCGGCUGCGCGUCGGCGAGCUGGAGCCACUGCUGGUGACGGCCGGAGGAGGCGGGCGGGCCUACCUGAGCGCCAGGACCGAGGCUGCCCCUGAGAAACUGGAGAGCCGCUCAGCGACGCCCGGAAGCAGCGGGGGAAGCGGGGCCGUGGGGAGAGGCGGGCGUGCCUCAGAGACUGACAUCCUCUGGGUUGAUGAAGAAGAUGGGGUAUCCUUCAUACGGCCCUGCAGCGAAGGCUUUCUGCAGCCUCUGGCAGUCAUGGAGAGCCACGGAGAGGUAGAGAUCUGACUGCUCCUCAACUGUAGUCAUUAUUGCCAGUGGCAGGCAGAGCUCUGGUUAGCCAAAUGCAUGUGCCCAGGGGGCAUGGAGCUAGCUGCAGGUAACAUUACAUGCAUGGUACAGGUAAACCUGCCCACCUCACCAGGCCCUCUGGUUCUGUUGGUGACUGUUGUGACCUCUACAUUGAGCCUCCUUAUGGUGUGUGGGGUUCUUAUUCUGGUGAACCAUAAGAAGUGGCAGGGCCUGUGGUAGAUGAGGCUGCACGACCCUGAGCUCAAGCUGAGCUACCUUCAAACCUCCACCGCCAGAACACCUCAACCUUACUACUGCCAGGUGGGGUUUGGCCCCGCCCAGCCCUGGCCUCUGCCCCCAGGACUUACAGAGGUUUCCCCAGCCAAUGUCACUCUGCUCAGAGCACUGGGCCAUGGCGCCUUGGGAGAAGUCUAUGAAGGACUGGUAAUUGGCCUUCCUGGGGACCCCAACCCCCUGCAGGUGGCUGUCAAGACCCUGCCAGAACUCUGCUCUAGUCAGGAUGAGCUGGAUUUCUCACCGCAUCAGUGACUGGGGUAUGUGCACCUCCCACACAGCACAUUCAGCCAUCAGAACAUUGUGCGCUGCGUGGGGCUCAGACUCUGGACUGCCCCUCGCCUAAUUCUGCUGGAGUUGAGGUCUGGAGGGGACAUGAACAGUUUCCUGAGGAACAACCGGCCACACUUGGGCCAGCCAUCACCUCUGGCCAUGUGGGACCGGCUCCAGCUGGCUCAGGACAUAACCCAGGGCUGCCACUACCUGAAGGAAAAUCCACAGGCUCUGCUGCCAGUCAAGUAGAUGCCUGAAGAGGCCUUUCUGGAGGGCUUCAUUUUCAUAUCCAAGACAGACUCCUGGUCUUUCGGGGUCCUGUUCUGGGAAAUCUUCUUAUUAGGCUACAUGCCCUACCCUGGGUGCACCAACCAGGACAUACUGUACUUUGUCACUGGAGGGGGACAGAUGGGCCCUCCCAGGGGCUGCCCAGGCCUGUACUGUACCAUGACACGGUGUUGGCAGCACCAACCUCAGCUGUGCCCCUGUUUUGCCAGCAUCUUGGAGCAUCUUCAGUACUGCAUUCAGGACCCGGAUGUGCUGAAUUUAUUCCUGCCAAUGGAGCUACUGCCCACUCUGGAUGAGGAAAAGGCUUCUGGGCUGGGGAGCAGGUCUUUGGAGGGCCUAAGAUCCCCACGGGCCCAGGAACUGAAUCUGAAGAGCUUAAAGAGCUGGAUAGGGAGCCUCCUUGGCCCCUGACUGCCCUCUAGUCCCAAGACCCCAAAUCCAGGGACCUCCAACCUCAGAAACUUUGGAAUCCCCCCUAUGACUCUUGGGCCCCAAGGGGCCCUGAAGGUGAGGACUCAGGCAGUGCAAUGGUUCCUCCCUGCACUCUUCCUCAGGCUUCUAGGUAGCUUGUUAUUCCAGUAGCCUCUGUCCCCUGCAGUCUGUACUGCGUGUCUGGGCCUAUCUCAGAGCUGGCCAGGCACCAGUGGACUCCCCAUCCUGGAAACCAGCCCAGGCUUCCUGGAGAAGAGCUUGGACACUCCCAGCCUUUGAUCUUUGGGACCAGAGGUUGAAAUCGCCUCCCUCAGGAAGCCUUCUCUGGAUUACCCUUCCCUCCCCCACCCAUAAGUGUCUUUCAUCUGGGCAGCCCUCAACCCUACAAAUGCCUCUAAUAAAGAGCUCUUCUCAUA